AGGAUGAUGGGGACGAGCCCGACUCGGACGAGGCCCCGUCCGACUGCGGAUCCCCCAAGCAGGGGACGGCCUCGUUCAGUCUGCUGGAGGCGCUCGGGCUGCGCGCGGGCGGCGCCUGGAGCGUGGGCGGCGCCGCCGGGGGCGCACGAGCCGCGGAGGUCGCCCUGAGCCGCGAGGGUGACGCCUCCGGCGGUGGCGCCGCCGAGGGGCUGCCCGCGGGGGCCCUUGCCGCGGAGGGCGGGCCCGCCGGGGCGGCCGCGGAGGGCCUGGCCCUCGAGCGCCAGCCGGGCUCGUUCAGCCUCCUGCAGGCCCUGGGCCUGGGCGCGCUGGGCGCGGGCGGCGCGUGGGGCGGCGGCGGCGAGGAGGGCCCCCAGGGGUGCGCGCUGGACGACAGCGUGGCGCGCGUGGUGCUCGGGCGCUACCUCUACAGGCCGAAGGACCUCAUGGGCGAGGGCGGCUUCAGCACGGUCUGCCGAGGGGUCGACCUGCUGACUGGCCAGCCCCGGGCGAAGCAAC